AUGCCGGGCAAUCUAUACACCAUGAGCCUCCUUUCCUCCAGCAACCUUAGCAAGGCCGGCCCCUUUUUUGCGGCCCUGGAACAGCAGCUUUACCAGCCCAUCAUUCCAGGGAAAUCUAUCAACGGGCCGACCGUCCCAGUAGACGAAGCGAGGAGCACAGCUCGGCAACACCGAACAGACGAGUUCGAUGACGUUGGCGAGGCAUCCGUGGCCAAGCAUUACUUUGAUGUUCCCUUCGAAGUAGACGUCACCAACCACCCAGUUGACGAGACUGAGAAAGUGAAAAAGGAAGAAGAACCAACUCUCGAUAGUGCGCGGCAACAGAAAUCCGUGGCCGAAGCACGCGAGUUCUUGAGGAAUUUCAUCGAGGCAAGAUGGGAGGAUCAACUACUUGCGGGAUACAUCAAGAUUCAGUGCGAUCUGACCAUGUUCGAGAUCAGGGAACUCGGUCGUCUGGACAAGGCAAACGGCUUACAGGAGUGCCGAAAGCUCGUCAGCGCGCCAGUGAUCCACGAUGCUAUUGGGUAUGCCCUCUGGUCUGAGCUGGCAGGAGAAAUUGCCACAGGCAGAGAAGAAACGCUGGGCGACAACAUCGAAGCAACAAAACAUACAUCCACCAAUACGGGGGAGGAUACAGUCGUCAACUGCGAUGAGCCCAACGAGCGUAGAAGAAGUUGCUGCCCGACGGGCGAGGUCAAUGAGGAGACGGGCUACGGAUGGAGAUGCCAUUGCCGCACAGUCUGCGCCAAGAAUCACUUCACCGUAUAUGGCCACUACGGCACGCGCGCGACGAAUGAGCGAUUUGCACUUGGUACGGCCGCAUCAAGUCAUAUGCACCACCUGCGGGAGCAGAGCAGUGCCGAAACCCAGGCACGACGACAACGCGAUAUCCGACGAUGA